UGUGUUGGUGUGUGAGCUGCUCUGUCUGCGUGAGAGCUUUAUCACAAAUCAGAGUGUCGGCGUCUGCAGGAGCUAACAGGGGCAAGAGUUCACCGGUCUGUCGCUAACUCGGGGUUUUUCUCUCAGUUUGACGAGAGUUGACGAAGUUUCGAGGCAAAACCCAAACACAUGAGGUCUUCAAAGGAGUCGCUGUCCGCAGCAUUGCCUCAGCCUCGCUCAUGGAUGAUAAAAGUUAAGCCCGGGGAAUACACUGGAGAAGUUUGGGUUGUGUUAACUGCGGAGUUUUGGUGACUUUUAAGGACUGCGACAGCGAUGCUCUUUUGAACGGGGAAAGUAUUUUGGGGUAUUUGAGAGAGGAGAGAAAGAGGAGAGAGACAUGAUGUCCAUUGGAGCUGAUAGCUGACACUGUGGAAUGAGAGAGGAUGGAGCAGACAGACAACCCUGCCCCUGAGAGCAACAACCCUAAUGGGUUUGUCAACCGAGUGUUUAAUGUUUCACUGGAUGUGGAGAAUGAGACCAGCAGUGUUUAUAUUCAGGAGACUGGGCCAGGGCCUGCAGAAGGGCAGGGAGAACCCCAAGCUGCCUCUUCUCAAACCCCUGUCAAGGACAGACAGGAGGUCAACAGGAGGCCCCGUGCCACAGGGGGCAUCUGGAAGAUCUUGAAUCGGAAAAGAGCUGUCUCAGAGCUGGAGCGUAGACCCCACUCCAUGAUCCUGCCUGGGGAGGCGUCCAUCCCGAAACUCUCAUUUGCUGACAAAGUUCGCUCCUUCAAGAAGCUUAAAUCCCCCUCAGUGUUCAGAGGAAAGACAGGGAAACUGUCCACUUCCAAGUUCAGCAGCUCUUUGGUUGGUGAAGAAUCUUUCUGCCGGGACAUUGGCACCCCCCAGCAGUCCAGCAGGGGCACACUUAAACACCGUGGGAAGAGACACUCAUACGCUGGCUACACAGCAGAGUUUGACUGCUCAUUCGAGGACCUUGACCUCACAGCUUCUAUAGAUGGCCACCAGCCCACUGUGCUAAGUGAGGCUGUGACUCAGAAUGGUUGUAAACCAUCAGACCGGGUUUGCUAUACAAAACGAAGCCACAACAAUUCAACAAACUGUAACAAAGCAGCCACUGCAUGUGAAGAACCCAGCAAUCAAUGUAGCGCAAGCACCAGACAUGGCAGAGCGAAGAGGCCCAAAGACGUGUGGAGUUACCUGAGGAGGAUUUCACUUUUAGGGAAGACCAAUCCUGUCUACUCAGAGAGGAGUUUUGACUCUGAGUUUCCCUCGUUGGAUAAAACCUUAGACUCGGACUAUGGUUCUGUCGACUUUGAGAGUGUCAGAGACUUUCAUCCCCAACCCCCAAAACACUCUGACAACAAGGGACACUUUGGGGGUCUGUUUAAGUUUUUUAACAGCGUAGCAGAGUCAGCCAGAAAAUGGCGGACAACGUCACACUCGUUUCCUCCAGAGGGAGAGACGACUCAGAUAAGCUCCCCCCGGGCCGAACAGCGCACAGUGGACAACAUUCACAGUGUGUCCCUGACACUCCAUAGUGAAGGACUCCCAAAAUCUCUGCCUACUCCGUCAUCACCAGUGACCGUCAAGUCCUCACACUCCAGUUGCUUUGACAGUGAGGCUCCAGCACCUGUGGCAGGUGGAGGAUCCCCUACGGUGGUCCUCAAAGCCUUCAGAGCUUGCCAAGGAUCUCAAGCUGUCAAUGGCCUGAGGAACUCUAAGUGCACAGACAAACAUCUAAAUGAAGAGGCAAACCACACAUCCACAACUGUAGUAGAAAAUCAUAUCUCCCCAACGGGUCCAAACACAGAGGCUAUAAAAGAAGCAGAGGUUGAAAGGACGCCAUUAAACUGUGUCAGUCAGGAGGAAAAGGUAGAGAGACAGCCAGGAAAUGAGCAGGAUUCCAGGGAUGCUCCACCUGACUCCCACCAGGGACAGGAAGUGAAUGUCCAAUCACAACAAGGUGAUAAAGAGAGCACAACCAAUAGCGUACCAGCUUCAGAUUCCACAGAGGAAAUAUUUAAGCUGUGUGAGCAGAUUGCCAGCCAGACAGGGUGCAGUGAAAGGCAGCAGUGCUCGGCUGGGCCCCACUCUAGCACAGAGAAGACCUCUGUACCCACCAGGCCCUCGCGCCCUCGUCCCCGCCCGGUCUCCGCUGUACUGGACCUCUGGAGGCCCCACCUGGAUCGAGAAUUCUACAACCAUUACAGUGAGGUUGGCUCGCUAUGCCGGCGGAGACGCAAGGCUGCUACCACAAUGCAACCAUCUCCAGGGUAUAGACGGACGGCUGCUCGCACCAGGCCUUGCUCUGUCAUAGAGACCAGUGUUACUAGGGAGACGCAGUCUAUGGAGCUGCACCACAGAGCCUUGUCUCGUCCCCCUGGUGUGUCACCGUUAGAGCCCCCACUCAGGGCAACUCUCCAGCGGUGCCGCUCCCUACCGCUGCCCCCCAACACACUCACUGCCUUGGCACUGCUCCUGCCUCAUUCAGACAUUGGUCAGUCGUCAUCGUCAGUGCGUCUGCGAUCAGGAGGCUCUGGGAGCUGCAGGAGGAGGAGGCUGUUGAGACCUGGUUCAGAACCACUGCAGGUCAACAUUUUGAUAAGUGGAGGUUCAAUCGUCAACGCUGAGGCGGUAUGGGACCAUGUGACCAUGGCGGACCGGGAGUUGGCGUUUAAGGCCGGUGACGUCAUCAAGGUGCUGGACGCCUCCAACAAAGACUGGUGGUGGGGCCAGAUUGAUGAGGAGGAAGGAUGGUUCCCUGCCAGCUUUGUACGGCUGUGGGUGAAUCAAGAGGAUGGGGGAGCGGAGCCAGCAGAAGGGACCAGCGAGGUGCAGAACGGGCACCUGGAUCCGACCAAUGACUGCCUGUGUCUGGGCUCACCCCUCCAGAACCGAGACCAGAUGAGAGCCAACGUCAUCAAUGAGAUCAUGAGCACAGAGAGACACUACAUCAAACACCUCAAGGACAUCUGUGAGGGCUACCUGCGCCAGUGCAGGAAGCGUGUGGACAUGUUCAAUGACGACCAGCUAAAGGUCAUCUUUGGGAACAUUGAGGACAUCUAUCGCUUCCAGAUGGGAUUUGUUAGGGACCUGGAAAAGCAGUACAACACCGAUGAUCCACACCUCUCUGAGAUUGGACCAUGCUUUUUAGAACACCAAGAUGGUUUUUGGAUCUACUCUGAGUACUGUAAUAACCACUUGGAUGCCUGUAUGGAGCUGAGCAAACUGAUGAGGGAUGGCAGGUACCAGCACUUCUUUGAGGCCUGUCGUCUGCUCCAACAAAUGAUCGACAUCGCCAUAGAUGGCUUCCUGCUCACACCUGUCCAAAAAAUCUGCAAAUAUCCACUCCAGUUGGCCGAGCUACUCAAAUACACUGCACAGGAGCACAGUGACUAUCGAUACGUGGCAGCAGCGCUGGCAGUAAUGCGGAACGUCACUCAGCAGAUCAACGAGAGGAAGAGGAGGCUGGAAAACAUUGACAAGAUUGCCCAAUGGCAGGCCUCUGUUUUGGACUGGGAGGGAGACGAUAUCUUGGACAGGAGCUCAGAACUCAUCUACACUGGGGAGUUGUCAUGGAUCUAUCAGCCGUAUGGACGCAGCCAGCAGCGAGUCUUCUUCCUCUUUGAUCACCAGCUGGUCCUCUGUAAGAAGGACCUGAUACGCCGGGACAUCCUGUACUAUAAGGGACGCAUCGACAUGGAUCGCUACGAGGUGCGGGACGCCAUUGAUGGGCGUGACGAUGACUUCAACGUCAGCGUGAAGAAUGCAUUCAAAUUGUGCAACAAAGACAGCGAGGAGAUCCACAUCUUCCUGGCCAAGAAGCCAGAGGAGAAGAUUCGCUGGCUCAGGGCCUUCCAUGAGGAGAGGAAGAUGGUGCAGGAGGAUGAGAAAAUUGGUUUUGAGAUCUCUGAGUACCAGAAGCGACAGGCGGCCAUGACAGUGAGAAAGGUUACCAAACAGAAAGGUGUAAACAGGUGCACGCCCCCCUCAUACCCGCCCCCCCAGGACCCCCUCAGUGCGGGGCAGUAUGAGGUAACGGAGGACAUGGCACAAGGAGAGGUUUUUGAAUUCAGUCAAUCCAAAAGAGGCCAGGCUCCUUUCUGGCAGAAUUUUAGUAGAUUAGCUCCAUUUAAGAAAUAGAGAUUCACAGACUCUUCUGAAGGACCAGCUAUUUUUCUUAGAAGCACUAAACACUGGAUGAUCAUGUCCCAUGAUGAAGAAAAAACAAAAACCACACAUACACAAGAGACUUCAAAGGACCAAUGUUAAUACAGAGUGUGAUUGGAAGCAGCAAGAGGACUGAACACUUGAAAAAUUGCGAAAAAAUAAAACUUUACAAUUCAUAUAUGUUAGUAACGUUCUUAGUCAUCAUGCUUCUCCAGCUGAGUCGACUGUCAUGAACUCUUUCCCUCGGAUUCUGCAUAUUCACACCAUUUGAAUGUCCUGGAGUUAUUGAGAUUGUUCUAUUCUUUCAUUUUUAAUCCAUUAUCCGUAAACACAAGGCCAAGCCAGGGCAUUCCUCGUAGUAUGAUUGUUUUCCAAAAGCUGGGAUCUUGCUGUGCUGCUAUGUGAGAUUGCUCGCUGCAUUCUUCUGAAUGUGUGAUCAAAUAACGACGGGCCUCGGCUACCAGCUGCGGCGUCUGAAGGACCUGCGAAGCUCGACUGUCAGCAUCUUCUCUGAGUUAGAUCCAUUCUGCCACCGAUCACAGACUGCUCAGGCAAUCUCCGCUCCACUGAUGUUUGCGUCUGGAUCUCACUCUCUCAGCGCUUCACACUCCUCUCUCUAGCUGUUUGCAUAUAGUAGCCCUCUCUCCACCGAGUGUGACGUUCACAGAGUUUCCAUCUCUCUCUCUCCUCUCUUGUUCUCUCUCUCUCUCUCUCUCUCUCUCUCUCUCUCUCUCUCUCUCUCUCUCUCUCUCUCUCUCUCUCUCUCUCUCUCUCUACCCACCUGCUCAGCCUCUAUGAGUCAGUGGCUCUCAGAGGAAGAGCUUCAUUCUUUUGGAAACCUGCCAUUGGCCAUGAUAUGAUGGGUCAGGAAACAAAUCAAUAUUUGGAACAUCAAUAGAAUAUUUACAUCCUUUCACCAACCACUUUUGACAGGGUAUUCAUAACCAAUCACGCCGAGGGGCUGUUGGGUUGAGUUUGACAGAGAGCUAUCCUUUCAGAUGAAACAGCUGGGAGCAGGAGAUAGGCAGGCUGCAGUCCACCUGCCUUGUGUCAGAGCCCAUCCCCACUCUCCCCAGAGACCACCCCUGUAGCACUGUGCUGGCAGCUCACUGGGUGUUUGGAAAGAGCACAGCCUACCUCCGGAAAGAGCUCAAAGUGAAGCUGAUGAAUUGGCCAAGGUGUAAAAUAAUAUCUCUUUCUCACGUCAGCUGUAAAAAAAAGAGAAAGACUUCUUCAGUUGACUUAAUUAUUUUGUAUUGCUCACAUUGUAAAAAGCACAUAUUCAGUCAGAGGUGUCCUUUUCUUGCACUUGAUUCAGAGGGAUCCAAACAUGCAAUGCCACCGGUGAGAAAUUAGAAAGAACCAGCACAAGGGGAAGUGGUCAGACAAAAAAAAAAAAGCAGGUCUUAUAAACGAACGGGACAAGCAUAUUAGCUGGUUGUGAGCCAGAACUGGAAGAAAGAAAGAACACUGCAGAAGUGCGAGCCAAUACCACAGGGAGGCAGAAAGGUGAAUUUAAUCUGUAGCAUGCAGGUGUCCUCUGACAGAUUCAUGCGUUUUCGAAGACUGCAGCUUCAAAUCUUGGCACUCCUCCCCAUCACGUUGUUUUCCAGAUCUGAUCAAAUGUUCUGGCCGUUAGCUUGACACUGUUAGGUGAUUUGCAAAGGACUUAGGCCUGGUCAGAUUGUUUUGUUUCAUCACUACUGUCCCCAAAGCUGCUGUGAGCAAGGUCCUGUGCCACUUCAAGAGAGGGGUUAGAAAAGAGGAGGAGGAAGUACUAAUUUCAAAUCACAUAAUGAAGGUGUUUUUUUUCUACAGUUGGAAUGUAAGUGACACAUCUCUCUAUGGUUUGUGAUCAUAUUUUGACCUCAGAUACAGAUGAUUACAUUUUGUGUUAAAUUAUAUCACCUGAUGGACAGUGCAUAUACAGUAUGACAACUUGUGCAAUGUGAUAUAUCAUUAUAUAUCUUCACUAUUCACUACAACGUGAUAUGAAAGACUUAUAUAUCGUUCUAUGUCAUUUGUUUGCCUUCUUAUAGGCCUUAUAACCUAUUGGAAAAAGACCUUAGACUUGCUUUGUAUGUUGUGUAAUUUAUGUUUUGUUUCAGUAAAGAAAGUUGAGAAAUGGGUGAGUUGGCUGCUGGUGUCUGUAGAGAUGGCUCCCAGUGAGAUUGUUUUGGAAGAUAACUUCCUGGUCUGGCACAGCAAAAAGAAAUGGUUCCCAGGCCAAGAUAACCUCAGGUCCCGUGCUACACCAACCCCCAAUCCCUCACCCCCAUCAGUCCCCCACUCUACCACCAGUACCAACAUACAGACACAAGCAUGCAGGCAAAACACACACAAACACACGCACAGACACAUAAUCAUACGCACUUGCUGGCCCGUUCUGCUGCGGAGAAGAGAGAUGCUAUCUAACAGUGCCUUCCAGCAUUCCACUAGUGAUUAUCUAUUCAGUUUCACAGGCAGAUUUGAAUUAGUCAUGUAUUUUCCCUUCAGUGUGGGACUCACAUCUCUCUCUUUCUUUCUCUCUCUCUGUCUCUCAUACACACUGGGAAUUCCUCGUUCCCCAGUGCAUGAGAUCCACUCGGACAGAAACGUAGAGGUCAGGCCUCUAUUCCAUAUGAGUAGAUCCUGUGCUGUCUGACUCAAACACUUCAGAACACCUUACUAUUCUUAUAAUCACAUUCCAUUACACUCACAUAGUCGUAAUUUUAUUGCACAAAAGAAGUUAAUUCUAACUUUGAACGUUUAGACACAUAGAUUUCCUUUAAUAUCUAUUAACAUGCUGAAAGUUUAAUUUGAGUAUAUUGUAGAAACAGAUUUUCAUUAGUCGAGUUAGGUUCACAUUUCAAAAUAUAUUAUUAUCAGUGAAUUAAAAGAAGAAUCAUCUAUUUUAUCUUUAUCAGCUACACACUGUAAAUAAUGUAAAAAGGACAGAUCAUAUAUUUGGAUAUUGGUAUUUUGCGUUGGAGACGAAUGUUGUUCCAGUUCUAGCGUGCGGUAGACCUCAGUACCAGGUAAAUGCAUGCUUGUGGCAUCCAAUAUUUUGCAUGAGACUUAAGACAACUCUUAGCAGAUUGUUUAGUUUCAUUUAACUUCCAAUGGGGAUUUCUUUUCACAACACGGAACCAUUCAUUUGUGAACCCAUGCCAUCUCACUAAGGGGAGUUUUUUUCUCUGUCCACCUGUCUCCCGCUCACUGCACAUCACAGGUUGUAGCUUCUGUUUUUAUUUGUAGUCAAGUAGAGGGGAACAUUUUCUCUCCUGCUGUAUUAAAGACUGAACUGUUGAUAGGUGAAAUAAAAGGCACUGAAACUCUCUUUUGCCCAGAUAUAACGAGUAUUUAAAGUGUAACAUUAUUUCAAAUAUUUUUAUUUUGCUUUACUUUGACUCCAAAUGAUGCUGUUGUCAAAACUGCUGAUUAUUAUUUGAAAAAAAAAACAUUGAGGCAAAACGGGUAUCAUUUUUCUACGACAACGGCAAACCAAAUAGGAGUUAGCACUGAUCAUGGGUGUUCGUGUAUAGAUUUGUAGCCAAGCAGAAGAGCUGAAUAAAUGCAGAACCUCUCGGGAGGAGCUAAAAAUAAGCAUAAUCCUGAAGACGCACACACACACACUCUCUCACACACACAGAGUACUUCAUUUUAAUUCAUAUCACGUUCUUGUUUCUACUUAAGAAAUGAUUCUUUGAAGUACAAUGACUUGACAGUAGAUAUUAAUUCUUCACUUGUAUUUAUUGAAUGCAGUAUUAAAUAGUUCCAUUUUGGCCACCUUGUUAAAAAGAUGUAAAUAUUGCUUUUAUUUUCUUAUAUAAUUAUCUUUCUGACCUUGUCCUGCAAGCUGAGGACAACUUUUUUUCUCUCUCUUUCCAGUCAUAAACCCGAGACAGCCAAGUUAGCAGAGCGUCACUCAGAUGCAUCAGAGGUUGCUCAGAUUUACGUAAUUCCUCUGAGUACAGGGUGUACAUGAGCCGCUGAGCGCGCUCACUCACAUUUAGCAUAGCAGCAUCUUCAGAAUGAACUCUCUGCAGUUGGUUAUGCAGUCCUGAGUUGUUCCAGAAAAGUCAGGGUACAACAGAGUCUUCAACGAGCCAUAUACUGAUGUGGUGUCAAUGACAACAAGGUUAACAGAAGACCGGCAUCCCAAUUUUUAGAAUCUAUUCAUUGUAAAUUACCAUCUAGUUUGAGGUCUGGAUUUUUGCCUAUCACAUAAAGAUUUACUCACAGUAUUCAUAUCCUUUGUCACCAUAUGCAAACAUUUGUCAUUUUCUUUCUUGCUGGCCUUUGAGUUUGAUUAUUUGUUGUAGAAAUGAAAAACCUGAAAAAUAAUGCCUAUUCAAUCCAGAAACUGUGAAUGGGAGAGUGGAGAUGUCAACUGUAUGUACAUUAUAUGUUUUGAUGUAAUCAGAAGCACUGGGAAUAUGUUGUACUUUGCUGUAAAAACAAAUCCAUAUCUGAUAUAGCUGUACUUUUGUUGAAAAUAAAACCUCUACAGAACUGCA